AUGCACAACUGUCAUAGUGCCCAUGGGGAUAAAGAGCUACCAGUGCUACCAGGACCGUAUCCGAUUGUUGAAGACCCCAGCACCUGUGAUAUUGUCAAGGCUACACAGUAUGGAAUAGUAGAGCGAUGCAAAGAAUUGGUAGAAGCAGGAUAUGAUGUUCGACAACCAGACAAAGAAAACGUGACUCUUCUUCACUGGGCGGCGAUAAACAACAGACAGGAGCUAGUUAAAUACUAUAUUUCCAAAGGUGCAAUAGUGGAUCAGCUAGGUGGAGAUUUGAAUUCAACUCCCCUUCACUGGGCCAUCAGACAAGGCCACCUACCUGUGGUCAUGUUGUUGUUGAAAUGUGGAGCAGAUCCCAGUCUUAUUGACGGGGAAGGAUUCAGUAGCAUUCACUUAGCAGUGCUGUUUCAACAUGUGCCCAUUGUAGCUUACCUCAUAUCCAAAGGCCAGAACAUAGACACAACAGACUUGAAUGGACAAACACCGUUAAUGUUAGCAGCACAAAAAGUUAUUGGACCAGAACCCACAAGAUUUCUCUUAAAGUUUAACCCCUCUCUCAAUGCUGUAGACAACGUUCAAAAGAAUACUGCACUGCAUUGGGCAAUAACAUCGGGCAAUACCAGUGCAGUGGAUCUAUUGCUGGAAGCUGGUGCUAGCCUGGACAUAAAAAACGUCAAGGGAGAGACACCACUUGACCUUGCUUAUCAAAGUCCGAAUCGCUUCAUGGUUUAUAUGGUAAAAGAGGAAGAAAGAAUGAGAAGCAGAAGAAAUAACAGGUUACUGAAAAUAGUAGAGAAAUACGAGCUCUUCCUGCUGUUGGCGUCUUUCUUCACAUCGAUGUGGGCCAUAGGAUACAUAAUGAACUUCAAUUCUGAUUCUUGGCUUUUGAAAGGAGGUCUGCUUCUCUUCCUGCUGUUUGGAAUGGCUCUAUUUGUGAGGUACUUUGUAGGGCUCAAGAAUCUGAGGUAUCUGCCCACAGCAUUUCUGCUAAGUUCGUUUUUUUGGAUGUCUGUGACCUGUUUUUUCUGGCUCCUGCCUGAUGUAACCAACACAAUUCUUGAAAUCACUGUUGUCUUCAGUGUCGUGGGUCUUUUUUAUUAUUUCUAUAAAACUUGGAGAACUGAUCCUGGAUAUAUUAAAAAUUCAGAAAAAGAAAGAAAAGAGAACAUUGUAGCUCUUGCUGAAGCAGGUUGCUUGGACUUCAGAACGUUUUGCUCAUCAUGUCUUGUAAGGAAGCCUUUGAGAUCUAUGCAUUGCCUUGCUUGUGAUGCAUGUGUGGCCAGAUACGAUCAGCAUUCUCUGUGGAUUGGACGGUGCAUAGGCAUUGGGAACCAUCAUUACUACCUAUUGUUCCUGUCUUUCCUAACUAUUACUGGUGUCUGGCUGCUUUAUGGAACUCUUCUGUAUUGGUCAAAUCAUUGCGCAACAAGUUAUCAUCAAGAUGGAGCAUGGACGUACUUCACACUGAUAAUACAUUGUUCUCCCUGGGUUUCCUACAUCUUCGCAGUAGCCUGUUUACAUACUGCAUGGGCUUCGUUGUGGCUGACUGUUCAGCUUUAUCAGAUUGCAUUCUUGGGAUUGACCUCGCAUGAGAGAAUGAACCUCUUGAUGCAGAGAAAAUCUUCUAAGCGUCCUGUUUCACUCAGGAGAACUCCAUACAAUCUUGGAUGCUUCCAGAAUCUUGCAGACUUUUUUCAGUGCGGUUGCUUUGGUAUGUGCAAACCCAAUGUAGUUGACUGGACCAAGCAAUACAACCUUUUUCAUCUGGCAAAGGAGAAAAAUGUUCAUUCUGUAUGA